UAAAGUAUUUUUUUGGGUGUGUGCUUUUCUUUUCUUUCUUUUUUUUAAUUGAACAACUCAACUGCCUUGCUAUUUGUCUUGGCCUACCUCAAUAAACUAUACCCAAAAGUUUCUGAAGUAAACCCUUCUUUGGAAAUUUUUUAUUAUAGAUCGUAAUCUCAAAUAAGCAUUCAUUUUUUUCCCUUGCGACUACGGGUAUAUAAAAAGGGGGUGUAAAGCAUAGUAUAUGCUCGCCGGCGAUGCCGACGCCGGUCAGCGCGGCGAGACAAUGCUUAACGGAGGAGGCCGCGCGUGCUCUGGAAGACGCGGUGGCCGUAGCGCGUCGGCGUAGCCACGCGCAGACGACGUCGCUCCAUGCCGUCUCGGCCUUGCUGGCUCUUCCCUCCUCAACUCUCCGGGAGGCCUGCGCACGAACACGUACCGGCGCGUAUUCGCCACGGCUACAGUAUCGAGCGCUGGAGCUUUCCGUUGGGGUCUCCCUGGACCGCUUGCCCUCUUCAUCGAAAGCCCUGGACGAGCCCCCGGUCUCAAAUUCCCUCAUGGCCGCGAUCAAGCGGUCCCAGGCGAACCAGAGGCGCCACCCCGAGAGCUUUCACUUGCAUCACCAAAUCGUUCAUGGCCAGCAGCAAACAACGUCGCUUUUGAAAGUCGAACUCAAGCACUUUAUACUCUCCAUUCUCGAUGACCCGAUCGUUAGUCGGGUUUUGGGUGAAGCGGGUUUCCGGAGCUGUGAUCUCAAGUUAGCGAUUAUCCACCCUCCGGUCUCCCGGUUUUCCCGGACGCGGUUCCCGCCCGUUUUCCUCUGUAACUUGACCGACUCGGACCCGGGAAGGCGUAGUUUCAGCUUGGAGGUUUCUGGGGACGAGAAUUCCAAAAGGAUCGGCCAGGUAUUACUGAAAAAGAGUGGGAAAAACCCGUUACUUGUCGGAGUUUGCGCUAACGACGCGCUUCGUAGCUUUACCGAGUGUAUAAACAAAGGUAAAGGGAGUGCUUUGCCAUCUGAACUAGCUGGGUUGUGUGUAAUCAGCGCAGAGAAGGAGAUUUCCGGCUUCGUCAAUGGAGGUGUGAGCGAGGACAAGAUGGGGUCGAAGUUUAAGGAGUUGGGUAAUGCUGUUGAGCAAUCCUCGGGGCCCGGAAUCAUCGUGAAUUUCGGCGAUUUGAAGGAGUUGAUCGAAGACGGUGCGUCGGGUGAAGCUGUGGGCUUUGUGGUUUCGCAAUUGACGAGGCUUUUGGUGCUUAACUGUGAGAAAUUGUGGUUGAUGGGUGCGGCGGGGACAUACGAGACUUACCUUAAGCUUCUGGGUCGGUUUCCGAGCAUAGAGAAAGACUGGGAUUUGCAUCCCUUACCCAUCACUUCGUUGCCUUUAAAGUCUGGCUUGAUGGGAUCCUUUGUUCCAUUUGGUGGGUUCUUUUCUACAACAUCUGAUUUCCAACUUCCAUUAAGCCGCAUAAAUCAAUCUUUUACACGUUGUAAACUAUGCACUGAAAAUUAUGAGCGAGAAGCUGCUGUUGUUCAGAAGGGAGGAUCGACUAUUUCUGUUGUUGAUCAGUGCUCAGAAAGUGUUCCUUGGUUGAGAAUGGCUGAACUUGACACGGGAAAGGGAGUGGAUGUGACAAAGACCAAAGAUGAUCCAGCAACAUUGAAUGCCAAUAUUUUAGGGCUGCAAAAGAAAUGGAAUGAUAUCUGUCAGCGUCUCCAUCAAGGGCAACCUAAAUUGGAUAUUUCCCAUGCCAGCUCCCAAGUCCCAUCUACUCAGGGCUUCCAUUAUACUGCAAAUAAGAAGGAGGGAAGCAGUAAAGAUUCUUCUACAAGUGAAAACCAAUAUGCAAGCCCAAGCCCCUGUAUGCCAACAGAAUUGCAAAAAAAUUUUCCAUUAGAACAGAACAUUCAAUUACCUGUGGCUUCUGAUGCUGAAAAUUGUAAUUUUCAGUUUUCUACGUACUCUAUACCCAAUAUAAAUCUGCCCCCCAACUGCACAUCAUCUUCAUCAGUCACUUCUGUGACCACAGACUUGGGGCUGGGAACACUUUAUGCAUCAACAAGUUCUGAGCCAGACAGUCCAGAGUUAUCAGCUCACAAAGAAUGUCUUCAGCACAUUUCAGGUUCCAUUUCUACCAGGGUUGAUGCAGUGAGGGAAAGUACUUUGCAUCAGAUUGCCUAUUCCUCCUCCUCCUCUGGUCCUAAUAUGGGAGGGCAGUCUGAUCUAAGAGAUUUUAAGUUGCUUUGGAGGUUUCUUGCAGAAAAGGUUUGCUGGCAAGAUGACGCUAUAUUCUCUAUUAGUAAAGCUAUAUCCCGCUGCAGAUCUGGUAAUGGAAGGCAUUGUAGCUCAAGUCUCAGAGGAGACAUUUGGCUUACUUUCCUUGGACCGGACAAAGUUGGAAAGAAGAGAAUUGCUUCAGCACUAGCUGAGAUAGCAUUUGGCACCAGGGAAAGCCUAAUCUCUGUGGAUUUGGGUUUCCAAGAGUCGGUUCACAAAUCAAACUCAGUCUUUGAACAGCAAGAACUAGAGCGUUCUGAUAUGGAGUUUAGAGGAAAGACUGUUGUUGAUUACAUUGCUGGGGAGUUAAGAAAGAAACCUCACUCGGUUGUCUUCCUUCAAAAUGUAGAUAAGGCUAAUAAUUUGGUGCAAAGGAGCUUGUCUCAGGCAAUCAGGAUAGGUAAAUUUACAGACUCCCAUGGGAGAGAAAUCAGCAUCAACAAUAUGAUCUUUGUGGUAACCUCAAUGUUAACAAAGCACAAUAGAACUUCCCUUUCAAGUAAGGAACCUGUGGAAUUUCCAGAGGAAAGAAUACUCAAAGCCAAGAGAUAUCAAAUGCAAAUUUUGACUGAAUAUGCUGCCGGGGAUGCCAGUAGAAGCAAUGGCAUGAAUGUGAGAGUAACCGCACAAAAAGGAAUGUCAAGUCUCUCGUCUGUAAAUAAUAAAAGGAAGCUCACUGAGACCUGUGACUCUGUGAAUCAGGAAGAAACCUUUGAGAUGCAGAAACGGGUGCACAUGUCCAGAUCCUAUUUGGAUUUGAAUCUGCCUGUAGAUGAUCUGGGGGAGGACGUUGAUAAUGGAGACUCUGACAGUGACUCUAUCCCCGAAAACUCGGAAGCUUGGUUAGAGGAGUUCCUUGAACAAGUAACUGAAAAGGUGGUCUUCAAACCGUUUAAUUUUGAUGCACACGCUGGGAAAAUAGUGAAGGAUAUAAGCCUACAAUUUCAGAGAAUGUUUGGAUCCGAUGCUAUGCUGGAGAUUGAUUAUGAAGUCAUGGUACAAUUACUUGCAGCUGCUUGGUUAUCAGACAGGAAUAAAGCAGUGGAGGAAUGGGUUGAGCAGGUUCUCUGCCGGAGCUUUGCCGAGGCCCGGCAGAAGUACAACCUCUCUGCUCGGUCUGUUAUGAAACUAGUCACUUGUGAAGGCUGUUUUGUGGAAGGGAAGCCUCCUGGAAUGUGCCUUCCUGCAAGAAUUAAUUUGAAGUGAUUUUUUGCUCACCAUGCUUCUUGUAAGUAUAUGUAUACUGUAGCUCUUAGCAUAUAUCUUCCGGCUUCUGUAAAGCUUUGUUUGGCUACAGCUAAAAUCCUAGUAAUUUUUUUGGGCAACCAUUGUGUUGUAAAGCGUCAUGUAUGCUAUCAGCAAAUAUAAUGUAUAAUUUUCUACCUGUUCUCCAAACAAACCCUUUGGUCCAUCAUUCUUUUCUUUUGAAAAUGAUAAUUAUCAAACCAAGUUGGUUCUUUCGGCCGGC